UCAAUUCUUUGGUGCUCAGUCUUUCUUAUGGUCCAACUUUCACAGUCAUACAUUGCAACUGGGAAAACCAUACCUAAUUUUCUUUCUGAUAAAUGCUUACUUUGUGAUUGGAAAUGCCUUUAUGAUGGCUGUAAUAUGUGCUUCAGUUUCCAUGACAGGGAUAGCAUUUUAUACAUUUGCCUUCAUCUCUAUGGUGAAAUUCUUAAAACAUUACAGAAUCUCAAAUGCAAUGGCCAUUCCAGUAGAAUUUCUGUUUUCCAUAAACUAAACAGCAAGCUAACUGCAUUGUUUUCAUUCCAGGUACUAAAGAUAUUGCUUUGGGGAAAACAGACUAUGCCUUUGAGAUGGCUGUUUCCAAUAUCCGAUAUGGAGAGGGAGUUACUAAAGAAGUGGGAAUGGACUUGCAGAAUUGGGGUGCUAAAAACGUUUGUGUGAUGACAGAUAAGACUCUUUGUCAGCUUCCUCCCAUGACAGCAGUGUUAGAGUCUCUGACAGUCAAUGGCAUAAACUUCCAAAUCUAUGAUGAUGUGAGAGUGGAACCCACAGACCAAAGUUUCCUAGAUGCCAUUGAGUUUGCCAAAAAGGGGGAGUUUGACUCCUAUGUUGCCGUAGGUGGGGGUUCAGUCAUAGAUACUUGUAAAGCUGCUGAUCUCUAUGCAUCAAGUCCAAGAUCAGAUUUCUUAGAUUACGUCAAUGCUCCUAUUGGAAAAGGCAAGCCUGUUACACACCAUCUCAAACCUCUGAUAGCAGUUCCUACAACAGCUGGAACUGGAAGUGAAACCACUGGAGUUGCUAUUUUUGAUUACAAAGAACUAAAAGUAAAAACUGGCAUUGCAUCUAGAUCCAUUAAGCCUACUUUGGGUAUUAUUGACCCAUUACACACUCUCCAUAUGCCAGAGCGGGUGGCAGCUAAUAGUGGUUUUGAUGUGCUUUGCCAUGCUCUUGAAUCCUACACUGCUCUACCCUACAACAAGCGCAGCCCUUGUCCUUCAAACCCAGUGAACCGGCCAGCUUAUCAAGGAAGCAACCCCAUCAGUGAUGUCUGGGCUGUCCAUGCAUUACAGAUUGUUUCCAAAUACUUAAAGAG